AUGCGUUCUAUUCAAUUGAUCAGCAGUGCGGUGGCAUUUGCCGGGCACGUGUACGCCCAGGUGGACUCAAAGGUCUCUUGUGACUCUGUCACCAAGAUAUGCUUCUCGACUUAUACGAAUACGGAGAGUGGCAUGAGCUUUGGGAUUGCCCUCCCCAGUAAUGUUACUGAUCCCUAUGAUGCCAUCAUUUCGAUUACCGCGCCUGUGAAGAAUACAUGGGCAGGAUUUGCUUGGGGCGGAACUAUGGUGUGGAAUCCACUCACUAUUGCGUGGCCCAAUGGCAAGACUUCAAUACCAUCCUCUCGAUUCGCAUUUGGCAUCAGUCUUCCUCUACAAUACGACGGGGCCGAGUAUACCUUGAUGAAAGGAACAACGGCCAAUAGCACACACUACACUAUGGUAGCGAGGUGUCGUGGCUGCACCGGUUGGCAAUCCAACGAAGACACCCGCUUUGCUUUGAACGGUACUGGGACUACCCAGUUUGCAUGGGCUUUUGGUACUGGUGCAGUAGAACAGCCCUCGAGUAACACUUCAGCCUUCAACGUGCAUGAGGCCUUUGGCAAAUGGAUCCACGAUCUGAACGCUGCUCGCAGCUCAAGUUUCAACUCCUGGGUUGCGAACAAUCUCUUGGAAGCCCCUGCGGCGACCAGCAGUGUGCCGAAAUCGACCACUCGACCAACCACGAUCCCUUCCACCAUUGUGACCAGUGUGAAGCCAUCUAACACCCCUACCGUGAAAGCGUCGAUCCCUGCUUCCUGCUCCGGUGCCGGAUCUGCUGCAUUCUCGUCUGUUCUGGCCAGUGGUUGGAAAGCCACUAAAGUCCUCGGCGGAUUGACCAGCCCGCGAAGUAUCGUGUUCGACUCGGCUGGAAAUAUGCUUGUUGUACAAUCCGGAAAAGGAAUUUCAUACCAUGCCAUGUCAGCUGACGGCUGCAGCUCCUCUACCAAGAUGCUGAUCUCACUGAACAGCCUCAAUCAUGGCAUCGCAUUUAGUCCUGAUGGGAAAACACUGUAUGCUAGCUCCAUGACGCAAGCAUACUCCUGGCCCUAUGAUGCUACCGCCGGCUCAGUCGGAACCAGGACAACCGUCAUCACCGGUAUGUAUAAUGGUGGCGCACAUCUCACUCGCACUCUCCUCGUCGCGCCUCACAAGCCGAAUUUGCUGGUUGUCUCUCAUGGAUCAAAUGACAACUUUGAUACUGCUGCCGGGAACCCCAAGACGGGCCGUGCGAUCAUUAAGGUUUUCGAUUUGAGCGCUAUGCCUAGUGGAGGCUACAACUACGUGUCAGGUGGUUGGAAUGCAGGUUAUGGGCAACGCAACGAGGUCGGAAUCACGUUCGAUGGAAACAACAUGCUUUGGGGUGUCGAAAACAGCGGCGAUAACUUCAAACGAACCGUGAGUGGUAACGCUAAGGAUAUCCAUCAAAACAACCCAAGCGAGAAGCUCCACUACAUGGGCGAUGUCACGAAACCUAAUGAUAACUGGUACGGCUAUCCUACAUGUUUUACGGUCUGGCAGCCCAGCGAUUUCACCGACAAGACAUUCAAAGUUGGGGAUUGGUUUGUUGUUACGCCAAACAGCACUUUCGGCGAUGACACAUGCAAUACAAAGGCAGUUGCACCCGCAUUGACCUUCAUGCCACACUCAGCCCCGAUUGAUUCCAAAUUCGACGAAACGUACAGCAAUCUGUAUGUGACUUUCCAUGGGUCGUGGAAUCGACAGCCAACAACUGGAUUCAAGUUAGUGGUUGUUCCCUUUACCAAGGGUAGCGAUGGAGCCUACAAGCCCGUAGCUCCCCUCUCCAGCAACUCUGGCUACACAGAUGUCAUGACCAACCCCGACGUCACUAGGUGUUCAGGUAAUGGUCCUAGCAUGAGUUCAGGUUGCUUCAGGCCUGCUGGACUUAGCUUCGACAAGUCGGGCCGUCUCUACAUGACAAGCGACACUUCUUCUAAUGGAGAGGUCUGGGUCUUGGGUAAAUCACUUUUCUUGCUAUGA